GGUAGUAGAUGAGUGGGUGUAGAUGCAGGAUCGCUUGAGAACAGGACGAAUACAGAGUCCGUUCUUGUCUCGUCCAUCACAUAACCAUUAUUUUAUACACAGCUAUGGCGGAGUCGUUGAUCGUCCAACCCACUAGGUUCCCAAGACUGGACACCUUUGCUGCAUCCCGAGAAGGACAAAACGAACGGAGCGAGCAUCGCACGCGAGACUUCAGCUUUGCGACAAAUGGUGUUCCUCGCCCUAGCAGCAAAGACGCCCUUAUACAGAGCUACUCUGAGUUCCUUGCGUCGUAUACGGGACAACAUGCAGUUGCAUAUCAGUACACUCUUCGGACAAAUCUAGACAAGCCUUCGGAAGUGCAAAUCAUACAGGCCAAGACAGUUGAGGAGAGCACCGUGCCAGUGAUUGAGAAAAUAUGCAGGCAUGCUUUCAUCACAACGGAUUACACGAAUGCAGGUGACGAGAUCUUUGACUUUGGACUGGAACUCCUUGCCGACGUUGACCAGUUUGAGUCAAUCAAGUCAUCAUCGUUCCUUGACUGUGUCAGUACUAUCCACAAUCAAUCAAGAUAUGAUGUCUGACACGACACGCAGCCUUUUCUGGUUCAAUACCAUGCUAUGGAGAUGAGUUUAUCUAUGGAAUACGAUGCAUUCUUGAUGGAUGAAGAGUACGCAGACGCUGCGUUCAAGUUGCUCGUA